AUGCCUGCCAGCGACAAUGCCGAGAUGCCCGGCAUCACCGAAGUUGAAAUCGAACAAGCCCGAGAGGACGACGCAAACUUCAAUGAUGUGAGACCCCAAUCGACAGAGGCAGGCACCCGCCACAGCACUGAACGCACCUUCACCGACUGGAAUCGGGAGGAGGAGUUGAACAAAAACCUCAUUCCUGACGAUGAAGAUGAAACGAAACAAGAGAGCACGAGUAUCGUGCUCAUUGUUAUGGGCACCAUCCUGUUUGCCCUCAUUCUGAUUCUCAGCGUCAUUUCCAAGCUUGGUUUUGUGGCGUUGACAAGCGAGCUCCGCCAUGCAAACAACCAGACGGUGAUUGAUCACCAGGAUUGGUCCGACUUGUCAUUGCAGGGCAAGCGCAGCUACGCUGCGCUUGGACUCAUCCUCAUCAGUGCUCAAGUGUUGGACUUUGCCUGGUGUCUGGGUCGUAUGAUACUCGUGGAUCGCCAGUGGAACCAGUGGCCAGGCUGGAAAACGUUUGGUCUCAUGGCCAUGGUCGCCUGCCUCGAGUCGGCUGGCCUCGUCACCUUUGUUCUUUAUGUGGCCCCGCGGCUGCAUGCCUACAUUGUGAUUGCCCUCAUGGGCUGCGUUUAUCUGUUUCCCCGUCUCGAACUUUUCAAGUGGAUGGGGCUGGCUCAGAGCAACGACCAUAGCACCGGUAUUAUCGAGCUGUUCCCUGUGCGCCCCAUCUACCUGGCUGCUUGGCUCACCCUCUCCCCUGUCUCACCAUGUGUGUCCGUUGCCCAGAGCACACCCCAUUGCUCGACGGCGACUGGGCCAAUAUCCACGCCGAUACCGACAGCCGCUCACCGUUCGAUUGAAGCCAGUCGGCGCGUCCUCAUGUGCGCGCAUUUAACAGUUCAAAACCAACACCCGCAAGUCAUCAUCAACUCGCGCCAAGGCUUCUUCUCCAAGCAUCUGGAGCGUCCCCUCUGCUUGUUUGGUCAUGCCAUUCAGCUGGCGGCGCUGAUCCUGGUUCCCGUCUUUCUUGUCACCUACCUUGACUCGAGCAAUAAUUUGGCCAUGCGCAUUGCCACUCCGCUAUCUCUCUUGGCUCUGGCCAUCUCGUGGAGUCCUCUCGUGCAAGAGAGUUUAAGCAAGAGCAGGAACGAAGAAUUGCGCGCCGCAGAUCUACACGUCAAUGGCCUGCCAUCUGACCAUCAGCACGAGUUUACUGAGCACCGCUUUACCCCAUCCUCCACCCGUUCGACGGUCAUCUUCAUCUUCCUCAAGUGUGGCUUUCUGCUUGUGGGCAUUCUCAUCAGCGAUCUGCUGCAAUCAGGAAGCACACUAUUUUUUGAUAGAGAUGUCAUUGCUUCCAUUGGCGACGACCCCUACAUUCUACAUUGGCUCAUCGUCCAACUCGUGGCCAGCUAUAUCAUGUAUACCUUUGUGCGCCAUGGUAUCAUGAUGGGUCUUCAGCGCCAAUGCCUGGCUGCCCCCAUGUACUGCUCGACCCCGGUUGCUCUUGUCAUGUUGCUGGCCCUGUCGCAAUAUUCCAAUCGCCUGGGCGUGAAAAUCAACCAAGUCCACGUCGACACCGACGUGCUCUACCUCCUUGUCUUUGCCGGCGUGGUUUGGUUAUCCUCCAUCUUUGUCACGUUUGGCUUUGUAUGGAAACGCAAGAUUCCACGGUUGGCUCUGCAUGAAAACCUGUUUUAUCAGCCGUCCUUUUGUGCUGCACUCCUGGAACCUUUUGUGUUGCUUAACCGACGCUCUGUUGACGAAUGGGCCCGUCAUUCUGAGGGCGACAUCCUGUCCACGGAAGAUGAGCUCCUCAAAACCCGCCUGUAUAUCUGCACUACCAUGUAUCAAGAAGAGGAAAAGGAGAUGCGCAAAUUGCUGACUUCGGUGCUUACGGCUGGUCAUGAUCUGGCACCUCGCUGUGAAUGUCUGGAGUCGCACAUCUUCAUGGACGGCGGAAUGAAGGGAGAUGAACCUGGUCUUGCUGCCUUGCGCCUCCUGCGCAUUUUGGACGAAUGCUUGCAAAAACAAAAACUCAAGCCCAAGUGCCGCACAGAUGUGAUGGGUGGAAGCAGCCGCCGAGGCCGGCGCCGCAUCUUCACUCCUUAUGGCUGCCGCAUUGAAUUGACUGCGCCGGGUCCUUUCCGAGUCAGCAUUCACCUCAAAGAUCCGGCCAAAGUGAAGAAAAAAAAGCGAGCCUCCCAGUUCAUGUACAUGUACUACAUUAUUCGGUACCUGCUGGACGAAAACCGUAUUCCGAGCGAGUCGGCUUACAUCCUUGCCACCGAUGCUGAUAUCGGUUUUCGCGCCGAGGACGUGACACCCUUGAUUAUGAUGAUGGCUCGCGACCGCAAGGUCGGCGCUGUUUGCGGGCGCACUUAUCCCCUGGGUCACGGCCCGUUGUACUACUACCAAGCUUUUGAUUACAGUAUCGGCCAUUGGUUCCAGAAGAGUGCCGAAAACGUCUGGGAGCUGCGGGGAGUAUCAGAGAACAUCAUUUUUCUCUUGCUCUCUCACUUUCAUCCUCUUGUUUGCUUUUGCAGUUCUGGGAACUGUACUGUGCUGCCCGGGCUGUUUCAGGACGACACCUACUGCCCCGUUGACUUUAAAGAAUUCUACAAUCAGCGGCGCCGUUGGAUUGUUUCGACAAUCGCAAACAUCAUUGAGGUGUUGAACAAGACGAGUGUGGCUGUGCGCCGCAACGAAGCCUUUACAGUACCAUAUGCCUUUUACCAAGGCCUGAUUCUGCUCAGUACCAUGUUGUCGCCGGCCACUGUGAUUUUGAUCAUUGUUGGUGGUCUCCAGUACAUCCUGCACUGGCCCGUCGUGGCCGUGUACUGCAUCGUCUUUGGCGCCAGUUUGGGCUAUUUGCUUGUUUGCAUGGUCUUUAGCCAGAAUGUGCAGAUCAAUGUGGCCAAGGCUCUGACUGGCAUUUUUGCCGUGAUCAUGGGCCUCGUCUUUGUGGGCCUGAUUGCGCAGACCGUGGACAACAUCCACGACGCCGUGCACCCGCCAUCGACAGCCACUACCACGCCGCAGCACAUGCACCCAACAAAUCCCUUGACCACCCCGUCACCACAUCACAAUCACACUACCACCCCCAGCGCUGAAGCUGAAUUCCUGGAGACCUUCGCUGCCAGUCCCACGGAGAUGCUCGCCACGUUCACUGCCAGCCCCGUGGACUUUAUGGCCACUUUGCUUGGUGGGCAUGCCAAGGUCGCUGCGGGUGCUGACUCGAUCAGCGUGACAGUCAUCUACUUGCUGGUCAUGAUUGGCAUGUUUUUGGUGGCCGGCUUCCUCCAUUUGGGCGAGUUCAUGAGCUUGGUGCACGGCGCGUGGUACCUCCUUGCGUUGCCCUCUGGCUAUCUCUUCCUCCUGAUCUAUGCAUGCUGUAACCUGGACGAUCGCAGCUGGGGUACGCGCGAGACGAUCACGACGACCAAGUCGAAGAAUGUCAACACCUCGAGCUUGUCAUUUGGCUUCUUUCGCGGAUGCGGCUGGCACCCAAAGGAACCUUUUGUGCAUUUCCUGGGCCGAUUGAUCUGUUGUCGGCCUUGGACGGAUCCAGAAUAUCUGGAGCAAGAGCCUGAUGAGGAACAACCAGACGUGACCACGCGCGACCCACUCAAGUGGCAGUUGCGUCGCACAGUGUUGGCGGACGGUACCACCCAGUUUGAGGUGGUGUGCUUGCCAGUCCUGCAGCUCCUUGAUACACUGCAGGCUGCCGUGAUUGAUGACGUGCCCAACCCCCAUUUGCUGGUGCAAGAAUUUGCGGCUGCCAUCCGUUCUUGCCCAGAGCUGCUGUUGUCCAAUGCAGCCUGGGUGCGGGCCUGGAGCAGCGAAAUCAUGACGUUCAACGAAAGUUUCCUGGCUGAGAUUCGGAAUCAUGUGCCAGCCAUCAUUGAGGAUAUCAAGGCGUCUAUGAGGACCAUCAAUGGGGACUUUCAGUCAAAGCUACUCCAGCUUGGACAGCGACCUAACACAGCCAUCUCAUUGGCCAGCACCGUGGCGUCUAUGAACACCGUGGCCUGGGGUGAUGAGGCCCCAUCGCAAUUCAAAGUUCUGCGUACGCACGAAUGGCUUCAGAGCUUUGGCUUGGACACGCCCGAACUUGAGGCUCGCCUGAUUGCCAACGGCUACGACGACAACACGUUUCUGCGCCACCUGUCAGCCAAGGACAUUGAUGAGAUGGGCAUCUCCGACUUUCGGGCCGGCCAAGCCAUCAAGCGUUCGCUGUUGGCGGCGGUGCGCUCGGGCCAAGUUGCCCGACCUCGGGAGAUGGGCAUUUGCAAGCGUGCGCACCUACAGAAGGCUGAGCUGGCUAUAUCUUAUCUGGCGGCCUACCUCAACGCUGAGGCUGACAAGAAUAAGCUCUUGUCAAAUGACCAAUUGCAGCGCAAAGCCAAGGACUUGUGGAUCAAGCUUCCCAUGCAUACGCUCAAGGACAUGAGUUCUCGCUCCAACCGUGCCAAUGAAUAUGCAUUUUGGCACGGGUUUAUCCAGCACCGACUGGGAUCCCAUCUGGAUAGUACGGCACGUGAGCAGGAGCUCAAGGGCAAGCUCAAGAGCAUGAAAAACCGAGCGGUUUUGACCCUCUUCGUCAUCAACGCCAUGUGGCUGGUGUUGAUUUUGAUUCUGAACGGCAGCUCAGCCCACGGACUGAAGCUCUUGGGCACCAAUCCCCUUGGCGUAGCCUUUUUGAUUGUCUAUGGCCUGCUGUUUGUUAUUCAGUUUCUGUGCAUGCUGGUGCAUCGAUACGGCACCUUGAUGCAGUAUGUGGCCAGCGUCUCAGUAGCCACAUCGAUGGACAUGGUGGUGGGCAUGCGCGAUGAUGACGUGGUGGCCGUGCGCCACGACAGAUUUGAGCGAUUGUAG